AUGAGUGUGGAUCUGGAUGUUGAUGUAAAUGUAGAUGUUGGUGCUGAUGUUGAUGUGAAAGUUCAUGCCGAUAUGGGCUGUGCAGCUGUGCGUACAAAUAGUCAAGGACGUAUCAAUCCUCCAUUUCAUCGACAAUUAUCAGCAAGUAAUCAUCCAUCAUUAACACGUUAUCCAAAUAAUCAAAAUUCUUCAAGUGAUUCAAGACCUAAAACACCAAUUUAUAUAAUAAAUGAACCUGAUUUUGGUAAUCGUGUUGAAAAUCCUUAUAAACCAGUUGAUCAAACUAAAAUUGAUGCUAAUAAUAAAGUUUUACGUGAUGUUAAAGCAAUAUUAAAUAAAUUCACACCACAAACAUAUGAUAAAUUACAGAAAAAACUUGAGGCAUUAGAAAUUGAUCGUUUUGAAAGAUUAGAAGGAAUGAUAUCGAUAUUGUUUUCUAAAGCUGUUGAUGAACCACCAUUUCGUGUUCUAUGUGCAAAAUUAUGUAAACAAUUUCAAAAAAAACAAGUCACUGUACCAGAUGAAGAUGGUAAACCAGUAAUAUAUUAUUUUCGUCAAAUAUUAUUAACACGUUGUCAAAAAGAAUUUGAAACUGAUUAUAGACAAGAAAUUGAAUAUGAAAAACGAAAAGCUGAAGUUGAAGCUAUAACAGAUGAAAAAAUAAAUAAAGAAGAAGCAGAAAAAUUAGAAGACGACCUUCUUAAAGUUAAACGAAGAAAAUUAGGAAAUAUUUGUUUUAUUGGUGAAUUAUUUAAAUUACACAUGUUAACUGAUACGAUCAUGUAUGAUUGUAUUGAAUAUUUACUUCGUGAUAAAACUGAUGAAGAAAGUCUUCGAUAUAUAUGUAAUCUUUUACGUAUUAUUGGUAAAGAGCUGGAUGCUAAAGCUAAUGAAAAAUCUACAAAUAAAACCAUUUUGGAAAAACAUUAUCGUGAAUUAAAUACAAUUGUGAAAGAACAGAAAACAUCAGCACGUAUUCGUUUUAUGAUUCAAGAUCUUAUAGAAUUAAGACAAGCUUCAUGGGUUGCUCGUCGUGCUGAAACUGAACAAGCAACAAUUGAUGAAAUUGAUGAAUCAGAACGUAAACGACAACAACAUCGAGAUCAAAAUUGUGUUCCUAUGAUUGACAGUGACUAUAGUGGAAGUGGUCAACAGCAGUAUAACGAUGGAUGUGGUAGUCAUGAUGGUGGAGUUAAACAACAAUCAAAUAGAAAUGAAGAAGAUAGAAUAGAAAAUCGAUUUACUUUUAAUACUUUAAGACAAUUACAGUCCAAUGAAAAGCGAAAUCAAGGGCCAUUCGCAAUGAGUUUAGCUUCACAACGAACAUGGUCAAAAAGAUCAGGCAUUGAGAAGAAACCUGAAGAAGAUCGUCUAUUUAGUAAUACACGUACUGGUAAAUCACCUGCUGGUCCUGUUCAACAACUUAAAGGUAAAAUUGAUUCAACUCAAAGUGGUUCAAUAUAUACAAUGCAACGUCAAUCAUCACGUGAAUUAGCACGUGAAAAUAGUCAACGUAAUCGUGAAAAUGCUUUACAAUCAUUACGUAAGACAACAACUGGUAGUGGCAUAAAUAGUCCAAUAAAUACAGCUGGUGCAUCAUCCAUGACAAAUUCAUGUGAAGGUUCAUGUAAUGUUAGUCGUGAACAAUCUCGUAAUGCAUCACGUGAAUCAAGUGUUAGUGAAUGUAUAUCAAAUGUUAAUUUAUCAAUACAAAUAAAUCAAACAUCAACAAAUGAAUCAGCAACAAUAAUUAAUCAAGAUCCAUCAAAUACAUCGUUUGAUGAAGAAAAAACUGUCGCUCGUGUACAUUCACUUAUUGAAGAAUAG